AUGUCCAAACCACUAGCGGACGACGACGACUUUGUCGACCUGCCCCCGCCCUACACACCCAACCCGGCCACCAACGCCAACACAAACACCAACCCCACCCCUAGGAACACCAACCCCAACAUCCAUGCCUUCCCACCGCCCGCACCGGCACCAGGCCCGCACACAGCGCUCGCAGCAUCAUCACUGACGCACCACCUGUCCACGCUCGGCGCGCGUCUCGCCUCAGCCCAAGCAGCGCGCGCAACCGAGCAGGCGGCGCGCGACCUGGCCAUGAUCAACCUGGUAGUGCCGCACGUGGAAGCGUUCCUGUCCGAGCUGGCAUGGGACGACACCGCGAGAGGAGGGGUAGGCGAGCUGGUGCUGGUGCCGGCGGGCGCAGUGGCGCGGGGGUGGGCGCUGACGGGGGCGGCGGAGCGGCGGCGCGGGGGCGAGUUCCUGCGCGUGGCGCGCGUCGGCGAGCCGCGGGUGGGCAAGUCGGAGAAAUCCGUCAGCGGUGGUGAUAGCGGUGUAGUGCCCGAGCCUGUCCGGAGCGGCCGGUUCGGCGGUGAGGGGUACGACGACGACGACGGGGACGGGGACGGGCGGCAGCCUGCUGACAAGGCCGGGUUCGACGACUGGGGCCGGUUCGACGACGGGGAGGGCAGUUCGUCGCUGGUGGACACGCCGACGGCGAGCUGGUGGUGGUUCCGCGACGCGCGGCUGGCGCGGCGGCUGGCGGCGUACCUGCAGCCGCGGCCCGAGGUCAACGUGGAGCGGCGGCACGUGCAGGCCGCCGUGGUGGCGGCGAAGGCGGACAAGUUGCCGUCGCCGUCGUCUGGCGGGGGAUGGCGCUGGAGCGGCCUGCUGCGGCAGAAGAACAAGAAGGACGCGGCGUUGACGUCGCCGCCGCUGUCGGGUACCCCGGGACUGGCGGAUGUGAGGACACCGCAGGAUGACGGCAUUGGCAUGACGGUCCGCGCCGAGGAAAUGCGGUUUCGCAGGGAGAACGACUUUGGCGUGUGGGAGAGCCUGAGCGGCUAUGCCAUUGCGGUGACGGUGAAGACUAGGGCGCCGUGA